AUGUCAGGGAAAGGAAAAGUACAUGGAGGUAAGGGCAAAUCAGCCGAGAUUGCCAAGUCGUCAACGUCCCAUUCAGCCAGAGCAGGGUUGCAAUUCCCCGUGGGAAGAGUCAAGAGAUAUCUUAAGAAGCAAGCUCAAAACAAGAUCAGAGUAGGUUCGAAAGCAGCGAUAUAUCUUACUGCAGUGUUGGAGUAUUUAACUGCCGAGGUGUUGGAAUUGGCAGGAAACGCAGCAAAGGACUUGAAAGUCAAGAGGAUAACACCUAGACACUUGCAAUUGGCAAUUAGAGGUGACGAAGAAUUGGACAACUUGAUCAAGGCUACCAUUGCCUAUGGUGGUGUUUUACCACACAUCAACAAAGCCUUGUUGUUGAAAGUGGAGAAGAAAAAGAGUCAAAAGUAG